CAGCCAGCUGCUGCCUUCCAAGCAGAAGGUCAGCAAAGGAAAGUGGAAGUUGAAUUCUGAAGGAUCAGGCACCCUCAGGAGUUUAGUCGUGGUUGGGAUUUUGGAGACUUGAACAGCCAGUGUGGGGUUUUUCCUGGAUUUCUUGCCUGUGGCCUUUCUGUUUUCUGUCUUCAGAUUCCAAGAUGAACGUGCAGGCUUGCUCUAGGUGCGGCUACGGGGUUUAUCCUGCUGAGAAGAUCAGCUGUAUAGAUCAGAUAUGGCAUAAAGCGUGUUUUCACUGCGAAGUCUGUAAGAUGAUGUUAUCUGUUAAUAACUUCGUGAGUCACCAGAAAAAGCCAUACUGUCACGCCCAUAACCCCAAGAACAACACUUUCACUAGUGUCUAUCACACUCCAUUAAAUCUAAAUGUGAAGACAUUUCCGGGAGCCAUGGGUGGGAUCAGUGAUCAAGAAGAUGAUAAGCACUUUAAAUCAGCUUUUCACUGGGACAUGAAAUCCAAGGAUGGGCCGGGUGUACCUGACAGGCAGCCACUGAUGAAUGAGAGAGGCUACUGGCCUGGAUAUGGGGAAGGGAAUGGCUGGAGUCCAGGGGCCCUGCCAGAUCCUGAAAUCGUAAGGAUGGUUGAGACUCGACAAGCUCUUGGUGAGGGGUAUACAGAAGACUAUGGACAACAGGGUGGCAAGGGGAGCUUCCCAGCCAUGAUCACACCUGCUUAUGAAAGGGCCAAGAAAGCCAACCAGCUGGCCAGCCAAGUGGAAUACAAGAGAGGGCAUGAUGAGCGCAUCUCCAGGUUCACCACAGUGGCCGAUACCCCUGAGCUGCUGAGGGCUAAGGCCGGGGGACAGCUUCAAAGUGAGGUGAGAUACACAGAGGACUGUGAACAACAGAGAGGGAAAGGCAGUUUUCCUGCUAUGAUCACACCAGCUUAUCAGAUAGCCAAAAGAGCUAAUGAGCUGGCCAGCGACGUGAAGUACCAUCAACAAUAUCAGAGAGAAAUGAGGGGAAUGGCUGGUUCAGCCGCUGGAGCUGAGGGCGUGUGGACAAAGGAAUACACAGACCAGUAUGGCCAGCAGGGUUACUUAGAGGAAUGCGAGGAGCCCAGGGGAAAGGGCAGCUUCCCAGCCAUGAUAACCCCAGCUUAUCAGAAUGCCAAGAAGGCCAAUGAACUUGCUAGUGAUAUAAAAUACAGACAAGACUUCCAUAAGAUGAAAGGUGCGGCACAUUACCACGCCCUUCCAGCCCAAGACAACCUGGUCCUUAAAAGGGCUCAGAGUGUGAACAAGCUUGUGAGUGAGGUAGAGUAUAAGAAGGAUCUGGAAAGUAGCAAAGGUCACAGUAUCAACUACUGUGAAACGCCUCAAUUCAGGAAUGUGAGCAAGAUCUCAAAAUUCACCAGUGAUAAUAAAUAUAAAGAAAACUACCAGAACCAUAUGAGAGGCCGCUAUGAAGGAGUUGGCAUGGACAGGCGGACCCUCCACGCUCUGAAAGUUGGCAGUCUGGCCAGCAACGUAGCCUACAAGGCUGACUAUAAACACGACAUCGUGGAUUAUAACUACCCAGCCACUCUCACUCCUUCCUACCAAACAACAAUGAAACUGGUUCCUUUGAAAGAGGUCAACUACCGGCAAAGCAUUGACAAGCUGAAGUACAGCAGCGUGGCCAGCACUCCACAGAUGGUUCAGGCUAAAAUCAAUGCCCAGCAGCUGAGCCACGUGAAUUACCGUGCUGAUUAUGAGAAAAAUAAGCUGAAUUACACACUGCCACAGGAUGUACCUCAGAUGGUGAAGGCCAAGACCAACGCUGAGCUCUUUAGUGAGGUUAAGUACAAAGAAGGUUGGGAGAAGACAAAAGGGAGAGGAUUUGAGAUGAAGCUGGACGCCAUGUCUCUGCUGGCCGCCAAGGCCUCUGGGGAGCUUGCCAGCAAUAUUAAAUACAAAGAAGAAUACGAAAAAACAAAAGGCAAAGCCAUAGGAACGACUGACUCCAGGCUUUUGCAUUCCCUGCAGGUGGCCAAAAUGAGCAGUGAGGUUGAAUACAAGAAAGGUUUUGAAGAGAGUAAGACCCACUUCCACCUGCCUAUGGACAUGGUAAAUAUUAGGCAUGCUAAAAAGGCCCAAGCUCUCGCCAGUGACCUGGACUAUAGGAAGAAAUUGCAUGAAUAUACCACACUGCCUGAAGAUUUGAGGACUCAAUGGGCCAAAAAAGUCUACGGACUCCAGAGCGAGCUGCAGUACAAGGCUGACCUGGCAUGGAUGAAGGGAGUUGGGUGGCUAACAGAGGGGAGUCUCAAUUUGGAACAGGCCAAGAAGGCUGGACAGCUGGUCAGCGAGAAAGGCUAUCGGCAGAGAGCAGACGAGCAGAAAUUCACCAGCGUAGCUGACAGCUCCCAGAUGGAACACGCCAAAAAGAGUCAGGAGCUGCAGAGCGAGGUGGCCUACAAGGCAGGACACAAGCAUUCUCUCCACCAGUACAGCAUCAGCAAAGACGAGCCUCUCUUCCUGCAGGCCCGAGCCAAUGCUGCUCAGCUCAGUGAGAAACUGUACAAGAGCAGCUGGGAAAACCAGAAAGUGAAAGGGUUUGAGCUGCGUCUUGACUCCUUGACUUUCUUGGCAGCCAAAGCCAAGAGGGACCUGGCCAGUGAGGUGAAAUACAAGGAAGAUUAUGAGAGGUCCAGAGGAAAACUCAUUGGGGCCAAGAAUGUGCAGGGGGAUUCGCAAAUGAGCCACUCACUGCAAAUGUCCAAGCUGCAGAGCGAACUAGAAUACAAGAGGAGCUUUGAGGACACCAAGUCCCAGUGCCACAUCUCCCUGGACAUGAUCCACCUUGCACAUGCCCAAAAGGCUCAGCACUUAGCCACGGACAUAGGCUACAGGACAGUGCCCCAUCAGUUCACAGCUUUGCCCACUGACAUGAAGCUGGAGUGGGCCAAGAAGGCAUACGGUUUACAGAGUGAUAACCAAUACAGGGCAGAUGUGAAGUGGAUGAAAGGCACAGGCUGGGUCGCCACCGGGUCAUUAAAUGUGGAGCAGGCGAAGAAGGCAGGAGAACUCAUUAGUGAGAAGAAGUACCGUCAGCACCCAGAUGCUUUGAAGUUUACCAGUAUUAAAGACACUCCGGAGAUGGUCCAGGCCAGAAUUAGUUAUACCCAAGCAGUGGACAGAUUGUACAAGGAACAAGGAGAAAACAUAAAGCAUCGUUAUACGCAGACGGCUGAUCUGCCUGAGGUCCUGCUGGCCAAGCUGAAUGCCAUGAACAUCAGCGAGACCCGUUAUAAAGAAUCCUGGAGCAAGCUUCGAGACGGUGGAUAUAAACUGAGGUUGGACGCCAUUCCCUUCCAGGCAGCGAAGGCUUCUGGUGAUAUCAUAAGCGAUUACAAAUACAAAGAGGCGUUCGAGAAAAUGAAAGGACAGAUGCUUGGCUCCCGGAGCUUGGAAGAUGAUCUCAGCCUUGCACAUUCAGUGCAUGCGACCUCGCUGCAGAGUGAUGUAAAUUACAAGAAAGGCUUUGAACACUCAAAGGCACUGUUCCAUCUGCCUCUGGACAUGGUAACCCUGGUGCAGGCCAAGAAGGCUCAGACCCUGGCCAGUGACCAGGACUACAGACACCCGCUCCCCCAGUAUACACCAUUGGAGGAAGACCUGCGGCUGUGCUGUGCCAAGAAGGCUCACAAGUUGCAGAGUGAGAAUUUGUACCGCUCGGACCUGAACUUUAUGCGAGGCGUUGCCUGUGUGAUCCCAGGCACGUUAGAGAUUGAAGGGCGAAAGAAAGCAUCCGAGCUCAUCAGUGAGAGUAAAUACCGUCAGCAUCCUGGCUCAUUCAAGUACACGACUGUGACGGACACCCCCAACCUCCUUCACGCGAAGUUCAGCAACCAGAUCACCAAUGAGCGCCUCUACAGAGCAGCUGGAGAGGAUGCGCGACACCAGUACACCACGACCCUGGGCCUGCCCGAGUUCACCCGAGCAAAAACAAACGCAGCCAAUCUGAGCGAUGCAAGAUACCAGGAGUCUUGGCGUAAUCUUCGAGCUCAAGGCUACAAGCUGACAAUAGACGCGCUCCCCUUCCAGGCUGCACGGGCCUCGGGAGACAUGGCCAGUGAUUUUCUCUACAGGCACGACUUUGUGAAGGAGAGAGGGAGGCUCAUCGGGGUGCGGAGCGUGAGUGAGGACCCCCGGCUGCAGCACUGCCGGCGCAUGGGCCAGCUGCAAAGCGAGCAUCAGUACAAGAGGGAGGCAGCCAGCAGCCAAGCUCAGUGCCACCUGCCCUUGGACAUGGUGCACCUGGUCCAUGCCAGGAAGGCCCAGGCCCUGGCCAGCGACCGUGACUACCGGACCCAGUGCCAUGAAUUCACGGCGCUGCCCGAGGACCUGCGAAUGGCCUGGGCCAGGAAAGCCCACGCCCUACAGAGUGAGUUUCACUACAAAUCAGACCUGCUGGGCAUGAAGGGGGCGGGAUGGCUGGCACUGAAUUCUCCACAGAUAGAGAGAGCAAAGAAGGCUGGAGAGCUCAUCAGUGAGACCAAAUACCGUAAAAAGCCAGACAGUAUCAAGUUCACUACGGUGGUUGACUCCCCAGACCUGGUUCAUGCCAAAAACAGCUACCUGCACUGCAACGAGCGCCUGUACAAGUUGGGAGAUGCAGAAUCCCUGCACAGGUAUACUGUGAUCCCUGACCACCCUGAGUUUGCCCGAGCCCGCCUCAAUGCCUUGCAUCUGAGUGAGAAAGUCUACAGAAACUCUUGGGAGCAGACCCGGGCUGGUGGCUAUGACUUCAGGCUGGAUGCCAUCCCGUUCCAGACGGCCCGCACGUCCAGGGAGAUUGCCAGUGAUUUCCGGUACAAAGAGGCCUUCCUGCGGGACCGGGGCCUGCAGAUUGGGUACCGAAGCAUCAGUGAUGACCCAAGGAUGAAGCAUUUCCUCAACGUUGGCAGGCUCCAGAGUGACAACGAGUACAAAAAGGACUUUGCCAAGAAUCGGUUCCAGUUCCACAGCCGCACAGAUCAGCCUGGCUUCCUCCAGGCCAAGAGGAGCCAGGAACUGGCCAGUCACGUGCAUUACAGGCAGCCCCUGCCCCAGCCCACCUGUGACCCUGAGCAGCUGAGCUUGAGGCAUGCAAGGAAGGCCCACCAGCUGCAGAGCGAUGUCAAGUACAGAUCAGACUUGAAUCUGACCAGAGGUGUUGGCUGGACCCCUCCUGGUUCCUACAAAGUAGAGAUGGCUCGGCGCGCUGCAGAACUGGCCAACGCGAGGGCCCUGGGGGUCCGGGGGGCUUAUGGGGCACCGGAGGCAGUGGAGGCUGAAGAUCAUCUGAGGGGGGAGGUGAACCCAGAUGCCACCGAGAUCCUGCACGUCAGAAGGAAGAAGGCUCUGCUGAUGUGAACACAUGGACCCUGCUCCAGUUCUUGAGACGCCAGAGUGGAAGUCUGCUCCUCAGAGCCAUGCUGGAAACGACUUCCACUUGGGCAACUGUAAAAAUGGCACCACAUCCCAUCUCCAGAUCUACCUUCAUUAAAAUAAUGGCUCUGGAAGCAAACAGAA